AACACCAAUCGUUCGACAACAGCGAUGCCAUCACCUCCUCCACCGUCGCGUCCGGCGCGUAGGCAAUUUAUGACGACCAUGACGGCCAGCAAGGCGGCGAAAUUGCAAAACAACAAGGCUCUUCCCGUGACGCCAACAGCUCCCGCAGAAGCACGCCCGGUUCACAUGUUUCCUGCCGACCUCACAAAACCUCUCGACGCUAUCGCCGACCCGAUAUACCUCAAUCCCUUGAUCACCUUCUACAUCCUAGCAGCUGCUCAUGCGCUGGCUGCUCUCUACUUCCCUAUACAAGAUUGCGACGAGGUCUACAACUACUACGAGCCCACGCACUACUUGACCGAUGGUUACGGCAAGCAGACGUGGGAGUACUCUCCUGACUACGCCAUUCGUAGCUGGGCCUAUGUCACUCUUCAUGCCUUUGUCAUUGGCCUACGUCGCGUUAUCCCCAUCUGGGGACUGCCCAAAGUAUGGAAGUUCUACUUCUUGCGCAUCAUGCUAGGUGCUGUCUGCGCUGCUUCGGAAGCUAGACUGUACACGAAGAUUUCGAGGACACUCAACCCUAGACUCGGCAUGCUCUUCUUCCUUAUCAUGCUUACAAGCCCUGGCAUGUUCCACGCUUCCGUCUCCUUCUUGCCUUCGACAUUUUCAAUGUACACGACCGCCCUCGGUAUGGCUGCCUUUAUGGACUGGCGCGGAGGUAUGCGUACCGCCCAGGGUAUGAUGUGCAUGAUUGGCGGUGCUUUCCUGGGCUGGCCUUUUGCUGCUGCUCUCAUUGCGCCCUUCAUGCUCGAGGAGUUCGUCCUCGCCUAUUUUACCGACAAGGAAGAGUUCAUCAGCUUCUGCUAUCGCAUUCUUGAUGGUUCUGUUCGUUCCACCAUUGUACUUGUCUUGCAGUUCUGCCUCGACGCUUUCUUCUACAGAAAGGUGGCUAUUGUACCCUUCAACAUUGUCUGGUACAAUGUUAUUGCUGCUCGUGAGGGCAAAGGUCCUGAUAUCUAUGGCACUGAGCCCUGGCACUUCUACAUUCGCAACCUUCUGCUGAACUUCAACAUCUGGUUCGUCAUCGCUGUUGCUGCUAUGCCUCUUUACUUUGUUCACACCUUCGUUUUGCGCCAACCCAUCUUCAAGCAGUCGUAUUUACGAGGUGUCUUCUUCUUGACCCCCUUCUAUCUCUGGCUGGCUAUCUUCACAUUACAGCCCCACAAGGAGGAACGCUUCAUGUACCCCAUCUAUCCUGCGUUAGGUUUCAAUGCUGCCAUGGGAUCUCACAUCCUUCUGAGCUGGCUCGGUACUUCUAAUCCACGUUCUCUGAUCGCCAUGAUCCCCGCCAAAUUGAGAUUGCUCUUUGCUUCUCUGUGCUUCAUUGCUGCCGUCGACUUUGGCGCAUGGAGAACUCUAGGUAUGGUUACCGCUUACAACGCUCCUUUAAGCGUGUACAAGCCACUGCGUCUUCCUGGACUCACAAGACCUGGUGACAACGUAUGCCUUGGAAAGGAGUGGUAUCGCUUCCCCUCUUCGUUCCAUCUGCCUGAAGGCGUCCGUGCCAAGUUUGUGAAGAGCGAGUUCAGUGGCCUGCUGCCAGGCGAUUUCAGUCAAGCUAACCAGGGCUUCGGCCUGUAUCCUGGUGCGUGGCUUACACCCACUGGUAUGAAUGAUGAGAACAGAGAAGACCCCAGCAAAUAUACUCAACUAUCACACUGUUCGUUCAUGGUCGACUCGUCCUUCCCCAGCUCCGAGCCUUCUCCUCUGGAACCUGAUUACAUCAGCCAGACAGAUACAUGGGAGAAGCUGACAUGUGAGCCCUUCCUGGAUGCGUCGAAGACCGGUACAAUCGGCCGCAUCGGCUGGGUGCCUGAUUGGGACUUCAUUCCAUCCAAUGUCCCCUUUUGGAUGUUUAGUCCGGGGCUGAUAAGAUGGUCAUUGUGGGGUUCGGAAGGCUUAUCGUCACGACCAAGAACAUCUAGGACGAAGAAUACAUAUAAUUAUCAUGCCGCCUACUACCAAUUUGAGUUCUGCCUCCAUCCAUAUCGUCGUCGUCUUGCGAAUUUGACAUCGGAUAGUGCUAUUACCAUGAGAGACUUACAAGCUUUACUGCAGGAUAGCAUCAGCAACAUCCAGAACAUCUCAAAUCUACAGCAAGCGAAGCCUGUUAUCUAUCUUGGACUGGCCCUUGUCGCUUUCGUAUAUCUCAUCCAGCGUGCUGUCGCUGGUUCAAAACACGAGUCUAGACUGCCCUCACGGUCACCAGACCCGGAAAAGCCUACUAUUACAAAGCUUAAGGUACCUGAACGACCACCAGGUGUAUGGAUCCCAUCCGACUUCAAGAGGCCAACGGCCGCUGCCUAUCCAGACUGGUCAGUCGAGACGACCAAGCCCCUACCGUACCGCCCUUUUCGUUAUGGACCCAAAUACAAUAUCACAAUGGGUCUUCGCACUAUGAAUUGGGAUGAGUGGAUCGAGCUCGAUAAUCACUACCCGAGGUUUCACGCCGACAAGAAGCGUCGUAUUGAAGAACGUGGCAGCAAGUGUUUCCACACCGAUCCCAGCCCACAAGUCUUUGACGGCGCAGUGGAACUUCUCGAAGAGCUUUGUGGCUACCUUCCGGAACGUUAUCCAAGCAUGUUCCGUAAGACGGAACACGGGAUGAUCAACUUGUUCGCAAACGAGAUUUUCGAUAUCAGAAAAGAUGUGUUGACUAUGAACGGUAACCGCGAGGACCCUAUGCAGAUGGCUGCGCGUAUGGUACAGGAUGAUUUGGCCAUUAUGUUUGAGAAAGAGGAUGGUCAGAUGUAUCUUCUCGCUGGUGCGGUAUUGCUGGCAGGUUUCUGGCGUCUUCAAGAUAAGCUUGGCAUGUCUCUUGACGAGAUCCAUUACAGUGGAGAUGUUCCUGGCUACCACGACAAGCUCCGCAAAGGCAUGAAUAACUUCUUCCGCCGCAUAAAGCCCGAAGCCCCAGUGAAGCGCAACAACUACUUCCUCCAGGUCGAUGAAGAUCUCGCCUGGUCCUACAGCAUUGGACCUGAAGAUGCUGGAGAGCCGUCUUGGGAUACUGCUGCUACCAAUCGCGCCAUCGAACAUCACUACUUCCGCUCCGAAUGUCAAUCUCUGCGCCGUCUACCCAGAUCUGGAGGUGUGCUAUUCACCAUCCGCACAUAUUUCCACCCCAUCACAGAUAUAGCGCAAGAAGACUACGUGCCAGGAAGGUUGGCAAGUUCGAUCAGGAGUUGGGGAGAUGACGUUAGCAAGUAUAAGGGUAAAGCCAAGUAUGGGGAUGUCCUGUUGAACUAUCUGGACAAGAAACACGAGGAGCAAAUAGCCAACGGUUUGGAUUUGAGUAGAGAGGAUGAGUGCAGGGCUUACCCUUAUUGAAAGAAUUAUGUAUAUGCGGACGAGAUUAAUGACAUUUGAUGUGAAUUUACUUUGAAGGAAACAACAGACCAGAGAUGGCC